CUUUUACGUACGCCCGCUCUCAACUUGCAAGACGUUGAACGGUCGCCCAUAUCGUGAGCACGAGCCAAGCUCUGAUCAGCCCUACCUCUCUCGCGCAGGACUGUGCCAGCGACAGAAAGCAGAGGCAGAUGACCAUUGAUUGCCCUUGUGCACAUUGCAUCAGCAAAACCGGACGCGAGGGUACUACUACUACUACUACGACGUACGACAAAUGAAAGACCCUGGCGCCCAACUCUGUGAUGACUCGCCAUCCCUUUGACAGCCGUAAGGCCAAGCCCCGCACGGUCGCAUACAAACAUUGCUCGCGCGUGAGCGAGUGCCGAACAUCAGAACGCGUCGCGUCACCCGAGAUGAAGAAACGAACCAGGGUCCAUGUUGCGCCCCACGCCCGGGCCGGCAGCCGGGACCAGAACUCCACUGUUGUCCGAGCCGGCAGGGCCGGGAAAGAAGAAACCUUGUUCAGCUUUUGUUGGUCGUACGAUGAAAAGCUUCCGCCGCUGACGCCUGCGUGGACGGGCAGGCAGGGAAGGGGGGUCGCUUUGGGUAAAGUCGCAGGUCGCAAACGCACAAGCAAAUGGAGUGGAGAGACAUGGGACCCAAAACGGGUGAGAGAAAAAGUCAAUGGGUUCCCUUUUGAACACCUCUGCGGCCUGAUAGUCUCGUCCACAAUUGCUUUCUUUUUCUGAGAUUAUACUACUACUACUACUGCCAUCGGCUUGGACGCCUCCCCGCAGCCUUGAUCGUGACGAAUUUGAACGCGCUAUGCUCGGGGCGCGUCACCCGGCUUCAUCCACAGCCACGGACAGGGGUCGCCACGGCCAACAUGACGAGGUUGGCCGCGAGAGAGAUGCUGCUGCCGCUGUGGCGGCUGCCGCCACCUCUGAGCCCCUUGCGUCGGGGGUUGCGAGAUUGGAGCCUACCUCGCGCAUGACCGGUCACCAAUGGUUCUACAUCUUCGUCCUCGACGGCCUCGGAGCCAUGGUGCUGUCCGGCGGCGUCAACUUUGCCAUUGCCUACGCCAUGUACACGACCCAGGACACGCACGAGCGGCCUAUCCGGCUCCUCGGGCUGCCCAAUACGCUCGCAGGGGACGCGGCCGUGACCAUUAUUGUGCAGUGCAUCAUCACAUGGUUCGUCGAGUGGGCGCUCGUCGCGCACGACCUCGCGCACCGGUCCGUCCACCCUAUCGGCUGGGUGACCUUUCCGUCGUCGUCGUCGUCGUCGACAUCCCAGCGGCUGCUGCGGUGGUGGCUUUUUCUUCCCGUUACGGGUGGCGUUGGAGACGAGGAGCAGCAGCAGGCAGACGCGUCUUCGCCUCAGUCCUCGGUCGAAUUGGUGCAACGCGUGCGCGUCAACUCACUCGCCGCCGUCUUCCAACAGGGGCUGCGAGGCUUUCUGCUCGCGGUGCCAAGCUUCCUCGUCCUGUGGCCCAUAUCGGUAGGCGUGCUCACGACGAUUGGGCGCAAGGACGGAGCGGAUUGGGUGUUCGAGGACAGGUGGGCGCCGCAGGUGUUCAAGCUCGUCCUCGGCGGGGUGUUGGGGCUGUUGACGACGCCGCUGAUGGCCAUGUUCUGGCUUGCGCGAGCGGGAUGGGAGGCGGCGGGAUGUGGGUCACGACAGCCGUGAAGCUUUGUCGUUGGGAACGUGUUGGCCCUGUUGUGCGCUUGGACGCUGGUUACCUUUUUAGAGCGCGCGCGUUGUUGGUUGACGCUCGCCUGGAUGCUGUCGUGGGGGGGCAGCAUCAGCCCUCGUGAUGCCAUCCGAUAAUAUCAGCAAGCAAGGGAUGAACAGGGCGCCGCGCAUGCACUUGAGAAAGUAAAAGAAACAUGUCCCCCCGCUGCGCGCAAGGUAUACUGUACAUGUAGGGCUUCGGACCCUGGACUUGUCUGAAACGAGGCAUCCGUCCUCUGUUCGGUUCCUCGUUCUUUGGGGAGGUCAUCUCGGGUAUCGGUUUCUUUGGGAUAGCCGAGCCAAUUAAUGUCUUUGCCUAUCGAUCGAGUAUCCAUGUGAUGGCGGGGCGCGAGGGCCAAUAUUUUCAGUUGAAUAGAUCGAUAGAAGGGCUUCUGAAUAG